AUUAGUUUCACCGCGCUCUCUGUUGUGUUGUCAUGUUGUUUCUGUAAAUAGAAAACACAGUUUUUGAGUAAGGUCAGUAAAUACCUGUAAUAUUCUCAUCCUCACAGUCGAGACUAAGUGUUGAAUCAAGCAGGAAUAUCUGGAAAAGUAUCAUCUGAACUGAGAUCUGCUGCUGUGAAGAUGGAGUUUGUUAAAGAGGAGAGUGAAGAGAACACGAGAGAACCAGAAACCUGGAGAAUAAAACACGAGGAAACAGAAACCAAGAGAAUAAAACACGAGGAGCCAGAAACACAGAUAAUAAAACACGAGGAACAAGGAGAGUAUAUUGAAGAAAAUGUGGAGAAAGAAUUGGAAGUUGAGGAGAGGAAUCAUAUUAAAACUGGAGAAAACCCGUCAACUUGCUCUCAAAGAAACAAAUUGUCAAGAAAAAAUGGUCUUGAUGUUCACAUGAAAUUGCACACUUGUGAUCAGUGCGGGAAGAAUUACAGACGAAAAGAUCGCCUUAGAGCACACAUGAGAGUUCACACUGGAGAGAAACCGUUUAAUUGUAAUCAUUGCGGGAAGAAUUACACACGAAAAGAACACCUUAGAGCACACAUGAGAGUUCAUACUGGAGAGAAACUGUUUAAUUGUGAUCAGUGCGGGAAGAGUUUCACACGAAAAGGACUACUUACAGCACACAUGAGAGUUCAUACUGGAGAGAAACCGUUUAAUUGUGAUCAGUGCGGGAAGAGUUUUUCACUAAAAGGACUACUUACAGCACACAUGAGAGUUCAUACUGGAGAGAAACCGUUCACUUGUGAUCAGUGCGGGAAGAGUUUCUCACAAUUAUCACAUCUUUAUGCACACACAAAUGUUCACACUAGAGAGAAACUGUACGCUUGUGAUCAAUGUGACAAAAUGUUUUUGAGGGCUUCACACCUGAAGCAGCACCUGAGAGUUCAUACAAAAGAGAAACCACAUUCAUGUCAUUUGUGUGGAAAGAGUUUUUCACGUCUACAACAUUUGAAAGGGCAUCAGAAAAUACAUACUGGUGUGAGAGAGUACAUGUGCUUUGAGUGUGAAAAGACUUUUACUUCAGCGAGCAGUUUAAAACUGCAUGAGAGGAUCCACACUGGAGAGAAACCUUAUAAGUGUUCAUACUGUGAACAGAGAUUCAGUCAGUCAGGAGCUCUGAAAACACAUGAGAGUAUCCACACUGGAGAGAAACCCUACAAGUGUUCACACUGUGACCAAGGCUUCACUUAUUCAUCAAAUCUGAUAACACAUGAGAGGAUGCACACUGGAGAGAAACCUUACAAGUGUUCAUACUGUGAACAGAGAUUCAGUCAGUCAGGAGCUCUGAAAACACAUGAGAGGAUCCACACUGGAGAGAAACCCUACAAGUGUUCACAUUGUGACAAGAGAUUCAGGGAUUCAUCAAGUCUGAAAACACAUGAGAGGAUCCACACUGGAGAGAAACCCUACAAGUGUUCACAUUGUGACAAGAGAUUCAGGGAUUCAUCAAGUCUGAAAACACAUGAGAGGAUUCACACUGGAGAGAAACCGUAUCACUGCACUGAAUGUGGGAAGUGUUUCAGUAAUACAUCUUCUCUACACAGACAUACAAAAAACAAUCACAGCAAGUAGGUCAUCUUCAGAUUUGAUGCUGCCUCCCAGUACUGCCACUCCCUAUACGCAGAGUACGCAGAGAGAAACUCCCUUCUGAUAUUGCUCCACUAUUUUUCGCCACAGCACUGGGGAAAUUAGUGAUCCUCUGACCAUCUUGACCUCUGAGAGACACUGCCAUUCUGAGAGGCUCUUUUUAUACACAAUCAUGAUGCCAAUUGACCUAAGUUGCAAAUUGGUCAUCCAGCCGUUCCUUAUAUGUACAUUUAACUUCUCUUGACUCUUAUUGCUA